AUGAUAGUGACAAUUUUAUCUAUGCUUCGCUAUGUUAGCGAAAUUGAUGAUCGAGAUUUUGUUGACCGGAUGCAUUGCUAUAUCACUGUAAAUAUUUUAAUUGCUCUAUCGUUGAUUGUCAGCUUUAAACAAUUUGGAGGAAAACCGAUUGAGUGCCUCGUACCAGAUAUUUUUAGUGGAACUUGGGAACAGUAUGUUGAAAAUUAUUGUUGGGCCCAAGACACCUAUUAUGUACCAGCGAAUAGAGUGGUCGCUGGAAUGGCUCAUAAUGAAAAACGCCAAAGGCAGAUAUCUUAUUAUCAAUGGGUACCUUUUUUUCUGCUUUUCGAAGCUGCGUGUUUCAGAUUGCCCAAUUUGAUUUGGAAGUAUUUAUCGGAUUAUUCAGGUAUUAAACUUCGUGAAGUGAUCAAGCUUGCCUCCGAUUUUAACAACAUUAAACCAGAAAUAAAGAAAGCUAACAUUGAAUCGCUCACAGUUCAUUUGCAAGGUGCAUUGAGGUUUCAUCAACGGCUUAGAAAAAAACAGAUUCGUCCGCAUAGGUUUUUACGCUUAUUUAAUAUUUCAUAUACUGCUUUUUUCGUAACAUCAUUGUAUAUAUUCACGAAAUUCUUUUAUUUGAUUAACGCUUGUAUUCAACUUUUCAUCAUGAACAAAUUUCUUGAAACUGAUAAAUAUUAUAUGUAUGGCUUUGGAGCUGUAAUGGAUUUGCUAAAUGGUACAACAUGGGAGCAAUCAGGCGUAUUUCCCCGUGUAUCGCUUUGUGAUUUUGAGGUCAGAGGUAUGGGGAAUACGCAAGAACAUACUAUUCAAUGUGUUUUGGUAAUUAACAUAUUUAAUGAAAAAAUAUUCAUAUUUUUAUGGUUCUGGUUUUUAUUAUUGAUUAUUUUUACUACAUGUAGUUUACUAUAUUGGAUUAUGAUUGCUAUUUUACCUUACCCUAAUCGUCGAUUUAUUAAUCGUCAUUUAGAAAUGAGCGAACUACCUUUCGAUUCUUCAGAAAGUAAGAAAGAUAUUGAACGUUUCGUGGGGAAUUAUCUCAAAAGUGACGGUAUCUUCGUCCUCCGCAUGCUUUCCCUUCAUUCUGGUGUAAUAUUUGCUACUGAUGUAAUUGUAUCGCUCUGGAAAUCUUAUUUUGGUAUUGAACAUAAACUUCGCAGGACGAGUUCUUUCCCAGCUGGAGCAACUAUAUGGCCUCCACCCCUUAGUAUUAUAAUUUCCAUAUGUUUCUUCAAUUUAAAUUACUAA